AAGAAUUAAAGUCAAAGAGACCUGUGAUUCACCGCCUGAAAGGCUUCUUUAGACGCUGAGAAGAAAAUCUUCACUCCCAAAACGCCACUUUAUGGUAGAAACAGAGAGAAAGGUAGAUCUGCUCAUCACUCCUCACACGAUUCAAUCAGCUUAAUUUCUUCUCCGGCGAAGAGGGGAGGAGCUGAAGGACUCAAUUGUUCUGUCAGAUCAAAGCUUGAGGAGAAGAGCAACAUGCAGAGAGAGCAGAGCUUUUCUCCGGCCCCGCCGCUGCCUGGAUGGAAGAUUUGCCGCCAUUUGAAGGUCGCCGGAAAGAGCCUCAGCUUCGCCUCUAUGGUGGUGGCGGCCCUGCCGUUGACCCGGGUUGUGAUCGUUUUAUCUAUCGUCUUCUCCCUCCUCGCCGCCGCCGUCUCUGUUCCAUGGAUCAACAGUUCUCUUAUUAUAAGCUCCACCGCCGGCGUCCCUGCCGCCAUUACCACAUCAAAGACCUCCAUCAUUACCUCCAACGCUUCUUUUUCCGAUAAAGAACAACCGGCGGUAUUACCUCCACCAGCGUCUCCUCCGCCGCCGGCAAUCAUACUUUUCUCCUGCCCCGCCGCAAACCAAACCAAAUUCAACAUUUGCAGAGCAAUCUCGUCAAUCCAACUGCCGGAAAAAAGCCUCCUUUCGCCGCCGCCGCUACCCUCGUCUUGCCCGGACUACUUCCGUUGGAUCCACGAAGACCUCAAACCAUGGCGGCGAACCGGAAUCACAAAGGAGAUGGUAGAGCGAGCGGGACGGACCGCAAACUUUCGGCUUGUGAUAUUGGGCGGGCGGGCUUUCGUUCAGCGCUUGCGGCCCUCCUUUCAGACCCGAGAUGUGUUCACACUGUGGGGGCUGGUACAACUGCUCCGUCGCUAUCCGGGCCGGGUCCCCGACCUUGACCUCAUGUUCGACACCGUCGACUAUCCCGUCGUCAAGGCCGCGGAUUAUAAAGGGAGGAACGCCUCGGCGCCGCCGCCGCUUUUCCGGUACUGCAGCGACGACUCUAGCCUUGACGUGGUCUUCCCGGAUUGGUCCUUCUGGGGUUGGCCUGAGAUUAACAUAAAGCCAUGGGAGAAACUGAAGAAAGAGCUCAAAGAAGCCAAUGAGAAGAUCAAGUGGACAGAUAGGGAACCCUAUGCAUACUGGAAGGGAAAUCCGGCGGUGGCCGCCACUCGUCGGGAUCUUCUCCGUUGCAAUGUCUCUCAAUCUCAUGACUGGAAUGCCCGUCUCUACGUCCAGGAUUGGCAAAGUGAGACUCAUAAAGGGUUCAACGAAUCGAACUUGGCAAGUCAAUGCAAUCAUAGGUAUAAGAUAUAUAUAGAAGGUUCUGCAUGGUCGGUGAGCGAGAAGUAUAUAUUAGCAUGCAAUUCCAUGGCGUUGAUUGUGAAGCCACAGUACUAUGAUUUCUUCACGAGAGGGCUGAUGCCAGUGCAGCACUAUUGGCCUGUUCGACAAGAUGAGAAGUGCAGGUCUAUCAAAUUUGCAGUUGAUUGGGCUAAUUCUCACAAAAGGAAGGCUCAAGCUAUAGGGAACGAAGCCAGCGACUUCAUUCACGAGAAGCUGAAGAUGGAUUACGUCUACGAUUACAUGUUUCACCUCCUCAACGAAUAUGCAAAGCUCUUAAAAUUUAAGCCCACAAAACCUCGUCGGACCAUCGAGCUAUGUGCAGAAACCAUGGCCUGUUCGGCCGAAAAUCUUACAAAACAGUUCAUGAUGGAUUCCAUGGUGAAGUCACCACAUGCUUCUCCACCAUGCUCUCUUUCUCCUCCCUUUAGUCCUAUGGAGCUCAGAGUGCUCCAAAGGAGGAAAGCUAAUUCCAUCAAGCAAGUUGAGAUUUGGGAGCAAAGAGCUUGGGAGAGUCAAAGCAGCAAUAAUUAGUCGGGAUUUACAAGAUAUUGUUUAGCUUAUGUCUAAGAUUUGAGAAUCAUACCUUCCAAUGGAAAGUGUAAAUGUUCAUAAUGUAAGUGGUCAUGAGAUUUUAUUGAAAUAACUGUAAUAUUUUAUAUGUUGUGCGUUUGAUUUGAGAUAUUGUAAUAAAUAAAUAACA